CACUCCUUCCUCUUCCCCCAACCAAACCCACCACCAAGAACACACCGCACCAACCGGCCUCCCAAAACCCCACGAGGAAUCCCCCCAAUUCGCCCUGCCCCCUCGCAGAUCGCACCAUCGGCGCGCGGUUGCAGACGAUUCGAACCCCAAUCCCCAGCCUCCCAGGCCCUGGCUCUGGUUCCUCGCCAGAAAAAUCGGCUAUUUGAUUGGGGAGCGGAGAUGGGGGAGGGGGUGAAGGCGAUGCUGGCACGGCCGAUCCAGCUGGCCGACGAGGUCGCCAAGCAGUGCGCGGCCGCACGGAGCUUCCGCGCCGAGUGCGCCGAGCUCAAGGCGCGCGCCGACAAGCUGGCCGCGCUGCUGCGGCAGGCGGCGCGGGCGCCGGACCUCUACGACCGCCCCGCUGCCCGGAUAAUGGCGGGGGGCGCCACGGCGCUUUCCAGGGCCUCCGCCCUCGCCGCCCGGUGCGCGCGGGGCCACCCGCGGCUCCGCAGCCUCUUCACGCUCAGCCCCGCCGCCGGGUUCCCGCGGGCCAUCGCGGCGCUCGACACGGCCCUCGAGGACGUCGCGUGGCUGCUCCGCAUCUCCUCGCCCGGCGCCGCCGGGGACGGCGGCGACGACUCGCUCCUCGGCCUCCCCAACAUAGCGCAGAACGAGCCCAUACUCUUCUUCAUCUGGGACCACGUCGCGCGCCUGCACACGGGCUCCCCCGCCGCCCGCGCCGACUCCGCCGCCAACCUCGCCUCGCUCGCCCGCGACAGCCAGCACUUCGCCAAGCUCAUCAUCGAGGAGGAUGGCGUGCCGCCACUCCUCAAGCUGCUCAAGGACGGCACCGACGAGGGUCAGGAAGCUGCCGCACGCGCCCUGGGUCUGCUCGGAUGCGACGCCGAGAGCGUCGACAAGCUCGUGCAGGCGGGGGUGUGCUCCUCUUUCGCAGCCGCGCUCAAGGACCCGCCCAUGCGCGUGCAGGCUGCGGUGGCGGAGGCCAUCGCUGCCCUUGCCGACCGGAGCUCCACGUGCCAGGACCUCUUCGCUCAGAACAACACUGUGCGGUACCUUGUAGGCCACCUUGCCUCCGGGACCAUCCAGGAGCACAGCAGGUACUCUGUUGGCUCCAACAGCUCCAAGAACAGCACAACUGCACCACAGCAGCCCAUGAAGUCGCUCCACUCUGUGGUACUUGCCAAGACGCAUAGCAUGCGCCACACCGGUGGUGAUCGUGACACCGCAAUUCACACUGAUGAGCCGCCGAGGAUGUCCAACGGAGGCGAUCAUGACGCGAUAAGGAAUCCCCAUAUGCAGUCGGUGGUGCACUCAGCUAUGGCUGCCAAAACAAACACAAACGGCUCAUUUGUUCCACCGUUCAGGCCUCAGCUUGGAACUAGUGGCUCCAGUGGCCGUGGUGCUCGUGAGGUGGAGGAUCCUGAGAUCAAGGCACAUUUGAAGGCCAUGGCUGCGAAAGCAUUGUGGAAACUGGCCUAUAACCAUUUGGGUGUCUGCAAGAGCAUUACAGAGUCUCGUGCGCUGCUGUGCUUUGCUGUACUUCUUGAGAAGGGUGAUGGAGAUAUGGGCACUGAAGUACAGUUCUUCUCGGCAAUGGCAAUCAUGGAAAUUGCACGUGUUGCUGAGCAUAGCCUUGUUCUGCGGCAGUCGGCUUUCAAGCCCAGCUCCCCAGCAGCUAAGGCUGUGGUUGAUCAGCUGCUCCGCGUCGUCCGCAAUGGUGAAUAUGAUGUGUUGCUCCUCCCAUGUAUCACCGCCCUUGGCUGCCUUGCACGUACCUUCACAGCUAGUGAAACUAGGGUCAUCGCCCCUCUUGUGCAGCUUCUUGAUGAGCGUGAGCCACCAGUUACCAAGGAAGCAGUGGUCGCACUCACUAAGUUUGCAUGCUCUGAGAACCACCUACAUGUGAACCACUGCAAGGCCAUUGUCGAUGAUGGUGGUGCUUGUCACCUUGUCCAGCUUGUCUACCUUGGUGACGAAAUUCAGAUUGAGGCACUGAUACUACUCUGUUAUAUUGCACUGUAUGUGCCUGAGAGCGAGGAGCUCGCGCAGGCUGGGGUGCUCGCUGUGCUUCUCUGGGCUUCAAAGCAGGCUCACAUGGUGCAGGACACACGUGUUGAGGUGCUACUGCCAGAUGCCAAGUCGAGGCUAGAGUUGUUCCAGUCCAGGGCCUCCAGAUGAUGUUGGGAACAGGAUCACUGGACAUUGUUUCAACUGUGUGCGGGCAAACAUGUUAGCGUCGGUUCCUACAGGUCCCAAGUCGCCAAGCCGAGCUACUCACCACAGCCUGCAGGUACUGUGACACCGCACUGUUUGGUUACGUAGAACACCUUCUCCAUGCUUAAUUUCUCCUUGGCGUCGCGGGAGCCCAGGUAGUCGCAGACACAGGACUCAUGUGCAUCUGCGUCCUGCACCGUUCUGCAGCAGGCGGACGACGGCUUCUGCUUGGGCCCCUGCUUCUGGACGUACUGCUUGCAGUUGUGCCACAGUGCGUCGAUGUCAUUCUGGCAGGCUGGGAGUUUGUAAGGAGAUGGUGGACCUGAAACUGCUGCUGCAGCGGCAAGGAGGAGGAGCAGCGUCGCGGCCAGGAGGCCAGCAGAGCGCAUCUGGGCCAUAUCUUGGUGUGGUCUUUGGUGAACUGGAACUUCACCAAUUGGAUUGUGUUUUUGUUGUUGCAAUAAUGUUGUGCGUUUGAGAACUGGAUGGUAGUUGGUAUUUAUAUAGUAUCUGCCGCUUGGAGUUUGGGGUUUCGUUCCCAAAGGUUGGUUUGAUCGAUUGGGGUUCCGGGGUUGCUGUGAUUCUGUGAACUAUGCAAUACUAUUUCCGUGAGCUGUUUUCAAGCUGCGUGUUUUGCUCAA